UUUUUUUGGUCUUCUUUGGGAAAUGACAAAAUGCAGGCACAGAUGACGUGAUAGGUGUGAUUUAAAAGAAUGGACAUGAACUGUCUGUAUUUAAACUCCGCUAUAGUUUACUUCAAGAUACAUACACAAGUUGUUUUGUGUUUUGAGGUUAUAAUGGCCAUAAAGAAACUGACAGUAUUUGUGGUGUUUUCUUGGAUUGUCUGUACUACUGGAUAUGAAUUCUUCUCAUCAACAGAAAAGGUUGCACAGCUUUUCGAUGAGGAGAAAGACCUUCUGCAAAGCUUUAGUCUAUACAUCAAUGCUGAAGAAAAGUAUGUAAAGAAACUGAAGAGUGUUCUUCUGGCUCUUCAACAAUACACAAACUCUGACCCUGAGAACCCUGAGAAAACCCUGAGAGACCCUGUGGCAGCUUACAAACUCCUCAGAAGAGUGAGAACUGAAUGGUUGACUAUUGUUGAAUACACUCAACAGAGUCUUUAUAAGAAGUAUCAGAAACUGCUGGCAUUUGCAGAUAUCCCAGAGCUGGAGGACGUGGAUGGUGCAGCUUCAGAACUGAUCAGACUGCAAGAGUUCUACAAACUCUACCCACACAACAUCACAAAGGAAACAUCUCUAGAUGCAGAUCAAGCCUACCGUAUGGGGUUGGUCGCUUAUGAGGAGGAUAAAUUCCAGCAUGCCUUUCUCUGGUUUCUGUACAGUCUGGACAGAUUAACAGAAUCCUCAACCACUACUGAGAAAAAGUUGCUCCAUUACCUUAGUUCCUCAGCCUAUCAUUUUGGCAGCCUACCUGUGGCAAUCUACUUCGGCCAACGGCUUCUAAAUCUGGAUCCAACUAAUGAUGAAGUCAAAGUUGAGCUGAGCCUUUACAAACACCUUCGCUUCCAAAAAACUUCAAAUCCUGACAUAUUCACGCUGAACACAAAGUCAAAUAACUCCUAUGAGGCACUGUGCAGAGGAGAGAUUGACGAGAGGACCUCCAAGAGGCAGAGUGCGCUGUCCUGUAGGUACAGCACAGGUGGAGGAAACCCCAGACUGAUGUACGCACCAGUGAAAGAAGAAGUGGAGUGGGACGAACCUCGAAUCAUCAGAUAUCAUGACAUUAUAUCAGACAGAGAGAUAGAGAUCCUGAAGAAUAUCUCCAGACCUCAUCUUUCUAGGUCUGAGAUUAGAUAUCUGGGAGUCUCAAAACGCCGUACUUCUCAAAGUGUUUUUCUGGAAGACAACACUGUUCUUGCUCGUAUCAGUCAGAAUAUUGCAGACAUCACAGCACUCUCCAUGGAAUCAGCUGAAAGUCUACAUGUUCAGAAUUAUGGGAUUGGUGGCAGAUUUGUACCACAUUAUGACACAUGGGAUGAUGAGAAUGGAAGGAUUGCUACAUUCUUAAUUUAUAUGAGUGAUGUGGAGAUAGGGGGCGCCACUGUGUUUCCUAAAGUUGGAGUUGCAUUGAAGCCAAAAAAGGGUUCAGCCGUGUUUUGGUACAACCUCCAAAAGAACGGCAGAGUGGAUUUAGAUACACAACAUGCUGGAUGCCCUGUGUUAGUGGGUAACAAAUGGGUGGCUAAUAAAUGGAUCCAUGAGUUUGGACAGGAGUUCAGGAGACCCUGUUCUUUGUCAGACUCGGAGUGAAAGACAUUGUGACCAUGUAGAAAUCAUAUUAAGUUAAUCUGUAUAGAAUUAUCUGUUAUAUUAUGUAUCAUGAGUUUUUAUAAUGUACAGUAGAUCUGUAACAUAGAUAUCUAUUGUAUUAAAGGAUUAGUUCACUUUAAAAUGAAAAUUACCCCAUGAGUUACUCACCCUCAAGCCAUCCUAUAUGACUUUCUUCUUUCAGACAAAUACAAUUGGAGUUAUAUUAAUAAUCACCCUGUUGAUCCUAAGCUUUAUAAUGGCAGCGCACAGAAACCACCUUUAAAAAAAAAAUCAAGAAAGUGCAUCCAUCCAUCAUAAACGUACUCCUCACGGCUUAAUAAGGAGAACUAACCCUUUAAAUAUUAAUGGUGAAAAUAAUUUAGUUUUUUUAGUUAUUUUUCUUGCUGUUUUUCAUUCUAACAAAUGGAUCCAUGAGUUUUGACAGGAAUUCAGGAGACCCUGUUCUUUGUCAGACAGAAAAUGAAAGACUCUAUAGGGCCUGAAAUCCUAUGAUACCUGUAUUUGUUCUAUACAUUUUAAAUUAACAGAAAAAGUUGUACUCUAUCUGUACGUGUUAUAUUUAUUAUGCAUCAGUAAUGUAGGCAGGAUCUGAAACAUAUAUUUCAUUGUCACUUUUACUGCCUCAGAUCACAGCUCAAUUUUUAUUUCAUAGCUUGUCCUUCUUCUCCCGAUGCAGUUCAGCCAAUAUCUCUGGA